AUGGUGAGUUUCGCCUGCGUGGCAAUAUAAUCUGUUUUGUUAAAAACCUACAGCAGCAACAACAACAUAUUCUGAUUUAGGCAGUUUUAAGAGUACCUAAAUUAAAGUGUGCCUUCUGUGACUCACUGCAAAUUUUGAUGGCUGUUAAUUGGAAAAAAGUCCAAAUAUGUAUGGGAUAGCUCAGUCCGUAAAGGGCCUUCUUGGUAGUGGCGCCCUCCCAUCAUAUCUUAGAUAAACGAGAUAUAUGAAGGCAGCCCUGUUCAGGGAAGUUUUUAAUGGUUGAUGUUUUAUUGUGUUUUUAACAUUUUGUUGGGGACCAUCCAAAGUGGCUGGGGCAACUCAAGUCAAAUGGAGGGCAUAUUAUCAUUAUCGUUGUUAUUAUUGUCGUGAUUUUGAGUCCCAUGUAGGGUAAAAAGUCCCUGCAUUGCAGGGGGUAGGACUAGAUGACCCUUUCGGUCCCUACAAUUCUAUGAUUCUAUGAUAAUGGUUCAUGGGUUGCCAUUGCUGCUGCUGAAUUGUCAUGCGGGGUCUAUGCUGCACCGGCUGAGUUCAUUUUCUGCUCUUUUCAGGCCAGCAGAAAAACCAAGAAGAAGGAAGGGGGAGCCAAACGUGCUCAGAGAGCUUCCUCUAAUGUUUUCUCCAACUUUGAACAGACACAGAUUCAAGAAUUUAAGGAAGUAAGAAAGUUCCCUGUCUACGGCUCUAAAUUACAAAUAGGCUUGCUGUUCUGUAUUUUUCUCUUAAUAUGAAUCAGGGAUGUGCAGCUACCUGAAUCUUGAGAUGUAUGGAAAGAUGAAAUGGAAAGGGCAGUGCACCCAGUCAGAUGGGUGGGGUACAAUUACAAUUAUUAUUAUUAUUAUUAUUAUCAUCAUCAUCAUCAUCAUGCAGACCACACCUGUAGGCAGAAAGCAGGUAUUCCCUUUGAUGUCACAAACUUGGGAUGCAGUUGGAGACAGAACUUUGUAAAUAUUUGUUUUGAUGGUUUUUUAAUGUUACAAAGUGGGGUUAUCUAGGGAAUGAAGCAUGUUUAUUCUACAGAUGAACUGGUUGAAAACUCAAUCCCUCUCCUCAAAGAACCUUUGGGAUCUGUAGUUCUUCUUGCAGGGUGAGGGAGAUUCUCUUAACAACACCAAACUAAAACCCUUUGGAGCCUUUGUGGGAAGCCAUCACACUUAAACGGGUACAAGUAAAAUAAAAAGAAUAAAUAAAGUCUGCAAUCCUGAACUCUUAGUACGUAGUUUGAGGUUAUUCCAGUUCUGAGGACUUAAGUGCAGAAAAAGUUCAUUUGGAGACUAAUAUCCUGCAUGUUGAAAUCACUGGGCUUAAACACAAAAUGUUAAAUCAGUAAUUUAUUCUAAUCACAAGAACGUUUUAUAUCCCACUUCUCUCUCUCUCUCUCUCAAUACUUUUUAUAGGCUUUUACGCUAAUUGAUCAGAACAGAGAUGGCUUCAUUGAUAAAGAAGACUUGAAAGAUACCUAUGCUUCUUUAGGCAAGUAUUGUGAAAUGGGCACAUCCUCUUUUCAUUUUGUAGUAACAAUUGUGUUUUUUUCCAUAUAAUGUCAUUUAAAUCUGUUCCUUAGAAAGCAUAUGUAAAAUCAUUUCUUAAUGCAUACUGUUAACUGAAAGGCAGGACUGGGGUCUGAAAUUCAGAUUCAUAUUUUGCUAUUACUACCAAUUUGAGCUCUCUGAGUUUUAUACUGUAUAGACUUUUUUUUUAAGCCUGGGAGAUUAAAUGGGAAACUGUUGAAGGUUAAUUCCCCCCCCCCCCCCCGGCACUUAAACAAAUGAUGGUGGCAGAGUCUUUAUACCAGGCUUCCUCAAACUUUGGCCUACAACUCCCACGAUUCCUAGCUAGCAGGACCAGUGGUUAGGGAUGAUGGGAAUUGUAGUCUCAAAACAUCUGGAGGGCCGAGUUUGAGGAAGCCUGCUCUAUACCAUCAAGCAUAUACAGUAUAAGUAAUUCUGGUACAUGCAUGCUCUGUUGAUGCAAUGGAUCAUUUAUUUUCCAUUUGAUUUUAGGUAAAACAAAUGUCAAAGACGAUGAGUUAGAAUCUAUGCUUAAAGAAGCCACUGGACCGAUCAAUUUUACCAUGUUUUUGAACUUGUUUGGGGAAAAGUUAAGUGGUAAGUUUAACACUCUCUUAUUAAAACUACAUCUUCCCAGAAAUUUGCACGUGAUGCUAAUCAUGACAUUUCAGAUAAGCUAUUUUCUCUAUUGCAGUAAAAGCAGUAUUUAGCACUGGACAAAAGUUAAAAUGAAAAUGAAAGGCAGAAAGGUUUAAAGUAGCCAAACUGAUUGCAUUUGAGGUUUUCAUCUUCUUCCUGGGGUUUUUUGGUAACCUUAUGGUAAUCCAGAAAGUUACACAAGACAGCUCCCAAUAAAACCAAAGCAAGCUUAAAGCACUCUUACCUUGGGCUGCUUUGACUCUUCAUUCCCUCUUUUUAUAGGGUAUCUGCACAAUAAUAUCAUCAAAUCAUUGUCAUCCUGUAUUUUCCCUGUGGUUCUUUCAUCUUUUCUGCAGUCCCCCCCCCCAUUUGAAAGGAAGAGUAGGAAAACCCCCACAGACAAGAGAUUCCCGUUAAAGUCUUCUUUCUGGGGUAUCCAGUUUUAAAUGGGGUUCUCUAUUGCUCAGAAGCAAUAGCAUGACCAGCCUAGCUUCAACUGUACCCCAUUAUUUUUUGCAGGUACGGACACUGAAGAGACCAUAUUGAACGCAUUUAAAAUGUUUGACCCAGAGGGUAAAGGGAACCUUAACAAGGAUUAGUAAGUAUUAGCUACCUAAGCAGAACCCAUUUUGGCUGGUGGACAGCUCAUAUUGUCUGCUAAGGACCAAGUUGCAGUGACAGCGGCGGACCCUUGGCUUUAAAAACAGCUCUGCUCCAAUCACCUGUAGAGUGCACAAGCAUGCAAAAGGAGUUAUGGGUAGGAGGCGACAAACCCUUUCCCCCGCAGACCCCUUUCCCCUACCACAGGCCGUCCCCCAAAGGCAUUUUGGCCCCACAUCCAGGCUUUGAGUUGGAAAUGAACCCAGCUCGGAGUUAAAAUGUUGCGGGGAAGGGCUGUGGGAAUAUGUGGCAGAUGGGGUGAGGGUUCAGAAUGCCUUGACCAUUUUGCAAUUUGGAACGGCACCCCGUUUUCACUUUACACACUCGGGAGCAGAGCCACAGUGAAAUACUUAGAUCCAUUGCUGUUGCAUGUAGUUUGGCCCUACCUUUCUACUCCUUAAGCCUGCCAACAUUACACCACAUACAUUGGCCUGGCUUCCAUAUUAUGGCUAAGGCAAAAUAACUUCGUGACCAUAAAAAUAGGGUGUCUCCCGGAUAGGAGCUUGUGUAUUGUCUAAAUCAGCGUUGUCCAACCGUGGUCGAUCAUGGGUUCCCUUCCGAUCGCUGGUUUAAGGAAGUAUUGUGUUAAAAGUCUCUGUCCCCGCCAUCCUCGCUCUGUCUGACUGUUAUGUGCAAUGGGCAGUUGUUAGUGGCAAGAAACAUGCCUGUUUUGCUGCACCCACUUCUUACUGUGUUUUAAGACCUUGCCCUCCUAAAGAAAGCUCAACAACUUUGGCCUCCCCCCCCCCAAUGACAAUGGGUAGAUAAUUGCCAGUUGUUUUAGAUGUGCCUGGUCUAAAUCUACGAUAGUUAAGGUCUUUCCUCCUUAAUCAAAACUUGUAACCAUAGGGAAAGCCUCGGCUGCAGUUUCUGGUUAAAGAAGUGAGAUCUUAACAGUGACUCUUAUGCCAGCCUUUUCAUAAACAAGGUAAUUUUCUCUGUGUCUCUUCUACAGUAUUAAACGCUUAAUGAUGUCCCAAGGUGACAGGUUCAAUGCUGAAGAGGUUUGUAUGUUCUAUUUACCCAAAAUCAUUUAUACUUGGCUUUUUUGUUGUUUGUUGUUUAGUCGUUUAGUCGUGUCCGACUCUUCGUGACCCCAUGGACCAGAGCACGCCAGGCACUCCUGUCUUCCACUGCCUAACGCAGUUUGGUCAAACUCAUGUUUGUAGCUUCGAGAACACUGUCCAACCAUCUCGUCCUCUGUCGUCCCCUUCUCCUUGUGUCCUCAAUCUUUCCCAACAUCAGGGUCUUUUCCAGGGAGUCUUCUCUUCUCAUGAGGUGGCCAAAGUAUUGGAGCCUCAGCUUCACGAUCUGUCCUUCCAGUGAGCACUCAGGGCUGAUUUCCUUAAGAAUGGAGAGGUUUGAUCUUCUUGCAUUCCAUGGGACUCUCAAGAGUCUCCUCCAUCACCAUAAUUCAAAAGCAUCAAUUCUUCGGCGAUCAGCCUUCUUUAUGGUCCAGCUCUCACUUCCAUACAUCACUACUGGGAAAACCAUGGCUUUAACUAUACGGACCUUUGUUGGCAAGGUGAUGUAUGGAAGUGAGAGCUGGACCAUAAAGAAGGCUGAUCACCAAAGAAUUGAUGCUUUUGAAUUAUGGUGCUGGAGGAGACUCUUGAGAGUCCCAUGGACUGCAAGAAGAUCAAACCUAUCCAUUCUGAGGGAAAUCAGCCCUGAGUGCUUUUAGGAUGCCUGUUUUCCAAAAUGCAACCAAACAUUUCAAGAUGUGGCCAGGAUCACAUUAGUUAGACUGGUGGGAGGUGUCUCUGUUGCCCCCAGUUCUAACUAUAUAUAUAUAUAUUUCUCCCUGUUGAUGUGCAGAUGGAUCAGAUGUUCCAGAGUUCUCCUAUUGACGCAGCAGGAAACCUGGAUUACAAAGCUCUCUGCUAUACCAUCACUCACGGAGAUGAAAAAGAAUAG